UCUAUUAGGAUUAAAACACCUUAAUCAUAUUUUUUGAAAACGAUGAUAAACCAAUGCAAAAAAUUAGGAAGGUGAGCCUAAAGCUUUUGAUCAUUCAGAAGCCUUUAACGAAUAAGGAGAGUGUUUCUCACUCCAAACACAGUUUUCAUUUCACUAAGCAAAAAUUAGUGAGAACCAAGUUGAGGCAGAAAUGGAAUCGCAAAAUGACUGGAACAGUGAAAUAAAAGCUUUUGAUGAUACCAAACUUGGUGUAAAGGGACUCGUAGAUGCCGGGGUGACAAAGAUCCCUCGUAUAUUCAUCCAUCCACAGCAUUAUCUCCAGGAUAAGUUAGUUUGUGAGGAUUCCCAGUUUAGUAUUCCAACCAUAGAUCUUCAGGGUGUCACUAGUGAUGCAAUUUUAAGGGCCAAAGCCAUAGAGAAGAUUCAAAAUGCUUGUGAAAAAUGGGGCUUCUUUCAGAUAGUCAAUCAUGGAAUUCCCAAGAGUGAUUUGGAAGAGAUGCUUGCUGGGGUACGGAGAUUUCAUGAGCAAGAUGCGGAAGUGAAGAAGGAGUUCUACACACGCGAUCUCAGAAAAAAGGUGUUAUUCCUAUCCAAUUUUGACCUAUUUCAAGCUCCGACAGCUACCUGGAGGGAUAGCUUGGCUCUCGUUAUGUAUCCUAUUCUACCAGAACCCGAAUCAUUGCCUACAGUAUGCAGAGACAUAGCGCUGGCAUACUCAAAGCAAGUACAGAGAUUGGGGAUUACUCUGUUCGAACUACUGUCAGUGGGUCUUGGACUCAAUCCAAACCAUCUGAAAGACAUGGAGUGUGCUGAAAGGCUUUCCUUUCUGGGUCACUAUUACCCAGCAUGCCCUGAGCCUGAAUUGACACUGGGCACCAGUAUUCACUCCGAUGCUGACUUCAUGACCAUACUUUUACAAGACCAACUGGGUGGCCUCCAAGUUUUUCAUGAGAAUCAGUGGGUCGACGUUCCCCCCAUCCCUGGAGCACUAAUAGUAAAUGUUGGAGAUUUUCUCCAGCUUCUCACUAACGACAAGCUUAAAAGCGUCCAUCACAGGGUAAUUGCAAAACAAAAAGGCCCAAGAAUUUCAGUGGCAUGUUUCUUUAGAACAGAAUUUUUUGAGCCAGGAGAUAAAUUAAGAAGGUAUGGACCAAGCCAAGAGUUGUUAUCAGAGGAAAAUCCUCCAGUGUACAAGGAAACCACUGCCAAUGACUAUCUGAAGCACUACUACUCAAAAGGGUCUGGGACUUCUUCACUACUGCAUUUGAAAUUGUGAAGUUGGCCAUGGAAUUUACUUUGGUAGCCCAAAAACUGGCUGCUGCAUGUCAAAAAUAUGGGUGUAGUGCCUCAACAAAUUUCUAGCUCUUCCAUGCUUAUUAAAUUUAAGCAUUCUUUCCUGCUUACCUGGUUUUUAUUUCAAUAUUAAAUGCUCUCAGCGUUUAGAAUUUAUGGUUGGAACCUGUCUUUAAUUUGUCAACCGAGUGAUAUGAGAGGAAAACCUGAAGUGAGGCCUAAACCCUGGGUUUUACAAAAGCUUUAUCCAGAGCUUAAUGUCGCCUGAAGCCCUAAGCCCACCGACUUAGCCUGUGCUUUCUUGCCAUCAUUUUUAGCUCAAAUAGUUGUACGGUAUUCUUACCAUGAGCAAGAGCACUGAUCAAAGAAAAUUGGAAAGAUCUAUGGGCUA